CAAACGCCUGGCACUUUCUCAUUGCUUCCGGGUUAACGGGAUGUUGUGAAGAGCUGCAGGCUAACGUGUAUACAACAUUUCAGGUUAUGAUUGUUAAAAGUCAAUGAAGACACAUGUCUGCCUCUUCUGAACUGGGAAUAUCAAAAGCAAGGGAUUUAAAUCCAGCGACGCUCUCGGCGGGUAAAGCUCAGACAGCGGCGGCGUUAGUUGCUCAGGCCCGGAGCAAGAAACGAGCCGUCAGUACCGCGACCCACACAAGCCCGCAGCCAAAUAACAACAGCAGCAGCAAAAAGAAGAAAACACAACCUGCGUCUUCAACUACUCAGGCUCCGCAUUUGUCACAGGUUGCUCCAGUGGAGUCGACUUUUGAAGGAAAACCAGUGGGAGUUGUUGAUGUAGAGACUUCUGCCAAAUGUCUUCCUUUUAAAAACCCCAACUUUGUGCACUCAGGUAUUGGUGGAGCAGCAGCAGGGAAGAAAAAUCGGACGUGGAAAAAUCUCAAGCAGAUUUUAGCAGCGGAGAAAACACUGCCCUGGAAAAUCACUGAUCCUAACUAUUGCAGCAUAGAUGCACCUCCUUCUAUGAAACCUGCUAAAAAGUACUCGGACAUAUCAGGACUGCCGGCAAACUACACUGACCCUCAGACUAAACUGCGCUUUGCAUCAACAGAAGAGUUUUCCUACAUCCGUCAGUUGCCCACAGAUGUGGUGACUGGAUACCUGGCUCUCCGUAAAGCCACCUGCAUUGUGCCAUGAGAGAGAAUAUAAAUCUUUCCUAAAUGCACUUUUAAAUGCUGACUGACCAGUGGAUGUAAAGGACUAAGAUACAUUUAUCAUAUCACAUUCUGUUCCUUGUGUAUGUUUAUAGUUGCCGCCUUUAAUUUGAUUGAUUUAGCACUAAAUAAUUCUUUUUACAUUUAGGUUUUCAGUGUGUUGUUUAAAUGAACUACUUGAAUUCUUAUGAUGUUUGUUUGGCAAAAUGAAAUCUGAGAUCACCUAUAUGUGUAACUUUGUUAAACCACUAACAAUACAAAGCACAGUGUUGUCA